AUGAACCAAUUUGCACAACAAAGUUUUGCCCGUUAUCCUCAAACGUUUCACAACGCCGAAAGAAAACAAGCGAGUAAUGUUAACGCUAUUACCUUUUUUAAUGCUCCUUUCAAUUCUCCGGAUGUUCAAGUUUCCACAGGACCAAGAUACAAUAACGUGCUACCACCACCUAAUCCUGCCAGUAAUAGUAAUAUUCAUCCACCUCAUCUUCCACCUCUAAACCUACCAAAAAAGCUCGAAAAUCAGCCACCAUCACUUACGUCAUCCACAUCUCCAUCUCCAGAACCUACAAAUCAUUGUCAUCAAACACAAUCUUCUGAAAAUGAUGAAGAAGAUAAUGAAACAAAGCGCGUCAAAACACUUGAAGAAAAACGAGCUAUUCGUUUAGAACGAAAUCGAAUUGCAGCCAAAGAAUGUCGUGAAAGAAAGAAAGCUUACGUCUUGAAUUUAGAACGUAGAGCUACUCAAAUGGAAAAAGAAAAUUCGGUUUUACGUAAAAAAGUUCAUGAAUUAAAAGCUCAAUUGGAAUGGGCUGAAUCUAAAACUGUUGGGCCCGUUGAGAACGGUCAAUUGGAAGCGUUAGUAAGAGAAUUGAAAGAAAGGGUAAAAAAAAUGGAGAAGGGAGAAGAUUCUAAUAUUGUUUUUGGCAAAAUGGUUAGUCAAUUUGGAUCAGGAGCGACUUCGCAAAGAGCAGAUGCAUUCCUAAAAUCACGCCAUAAUAAACACGUAAAACGUUGCACAAUUACCCACAUUUCAAUAGUUUAUUCAAGAAUUCCAGGUUCCGGAAUUCUUUUGAAAUAUAUAAAAAAUUCUCAUCAAAAUGAUCCAUUUCGCACUUUUUUGGAAGUUUUAUUGGUACUUUUUGGUAUUAUAUAUUUGCUUACAAAUAAAUAUCGUACCGAUAAUAAAUUAAUCGAUCUAACUCCGAGCGAAAUUGAAGAAUUAGUUGAAGAGUGGCAACCAGAACCACUUGUACCAACUAUUACAGAAAAUCAACGUAUAGAAUUGGAAAAAACUCCAAUUCUAAAUGGUCCUCAGGGUCCAAGAGUUAAAUUAGUAAAUUGCAAAAAUAGUUCUUUGAUAAACUUGGCCAGUUUUGACUUUCUUGGAUUAACAAAAAAUGAGCUAAUUAAGGAAAAAGCUAUACAAGUUCUUAGAAAAUAUGGUGUAGGUUCAUGUGGACCUCCAGGAUUUUAUGGCACAAUAGAUGUUCAUACUGAAUUUGAAAGAACAGUUUCAGAAUUUCUCGGAACAGAUGACACUAUAUUAUAUUCUCAGGCCUUUUCUACAAUUGGUUCUGCUAUUCCUUCAUUUUGCAAAAGAGGUGACAUUAUUGUCGCUGAUCAAGGAUGUAACUUUGCGAUUCAAAAAGGUAUACAAAUUUCUCGAUCUGUCAUUAAGUGGUACAAGCACAAUGAUAUGCAAGAUCUUGAAAAUAUUUUACUAAAAAUUAAGAAUGAAGAUAUUGAGUCUGGAAGAAGGCUUACUAGAAGAUUCAUUGUAACUGAAGGUAUAUUUGAGAAUUCUGGGGAUAUUGCUCUAUUACCUAAAUUG